UCCAGAUUUUACCAUUUUUGCCCUGGUUGUUAUGUGAUUCCAACUUCCCUGACUUAGUUUGUCAGAAGCUAACCGGGAAGGUCGCAAAUAGGAAGGUCCUAUCCUAUUGUUUCCUUUCUUUAUACUCAAUUAAUUUAGUUAUUACAUACUCAUAUAUAUACAUCUACUGUAUAGUUAUUUCAUGCUUACGCUCAUAUUGAAUAAGUUUUUUAAACAGUAUUUUAUCUUGUAUUUAUAUUGUCGCUCGUUUUUAUCUGGCUGUAAACCGCCCUGAGUCCCUUGGGAGAAGGGCGGUAUAAAAAUCUAAAUAAAUAAAUAUAUACAUACUGUGUGACAACAUAAAUAAAUAAAAUAAAAAUGGCAAUCACGUGACCCCAGGACACUGCAACCAUCAUAAAUACACACUUGUUGCCAAGCGUCCAAAUUUUAGAAUCAGAACGGAAUAGAGCUGAGAGGGACCUUCGAGGUCGUCUACCCCCUGCUCAAGCAGGCGGCCCUACCAUUUCAGACAAGUGGCUAUCCAAUCUCUUUUUAAAAACCUCCAGUGAUGGAGCACUCGCAACUUCUGAAGGCCAGCUGUUCCACUGGUUAAUUGUCCUCACUGUUAGGAAGUUUCUCCUGAAUUCCAGGAUUUUAGAGCAAAACGCAGAGGCUAGUCUCAGGUGUAAUUUGAAGUCAUUUAUCAUAAAUCGCAUUUCUGCACAAAGUUUUAACUCGGCUGUCCUGCUUGAGAGCCGAAGCUGUCUGUUUCUACCAACUUGGCCACCCUCCAGAUGGGCUGGAGUACAGCUCCCAUCGCGGGUAGGCUGGGGAUGAUGGGGCUGGCAACCCAACUUCAUUGGAGAGCAUCUGUUUCUGGAAGGUCUGAUCUGUGGUCUUUCCUGGAAUGCGGCUUUACCGUGAAAAUUCUCUCGUAAGGGUUAAAUUGACCGAGAUGUCUAUUCCUAGAGUGUCUUCUAGGAAGAAGAGUUGUAAAAUAGGUUUAGGUCACUUCCUGCUUUUAACACUAUUUCUCCCCCCAUCUUUUCUACCAUAGGAAAUUUUUUUCCGUUCUGGGGGGUCAAUGGCUGGGCAGGACCCGGUAAGAAACGAACUUCUCGCUAGCUAGAAAUCAGCCAGUCUCGCCUCUUGGGUGACCGUGUCCUUCAGCCGGUGUUACCAAGCAACAAUCCGUUGACUUUCUAGCAUCAAGAACUUGAGCCUCUGGGCUUUCUCGCCUCUUCAGAUUACAGCUGUGUUGGUCCCUGAAGAUGAGGACCAAGCAAGGAGACCCUUUGCCUGCGAGCCCAGAGUUGAGGGACAGGCUGAAGCAGGAAGAGAAAAUGUGUGAACUGGAUGUGGUGGGCCCCCAAACGACUCCCGGGGUCUCUCUAGCCUUCCAGCCUGGGAAUAGCAGGGAAAGAACGGGAGCAGCCAUCUUGGAUGAGAGGAAUGCCGUCCACUUGGACGCAUCCCCGGGUCAGAUGCAAAACCAGGAAUGGCAAAGGCAGAAGCUGCUAGAAGAUCUCUUACUGGGGGAAGCAGAAGAUCAGGGACCGGUGACUUUUGAGGAAGUGGCCGUGCGCUUCAGCAAGUGUGAAUGGGGGAUGCUGGAUCCAGAGCAGAGAGCUCUCUAUCGGGAAGUCAUGGUGGAAAACUACGGGACCGUGGUCUCUUUGGGUGACACCUGGGGGAAUGAUGGCAAGAAUAGGCUGGUUGGAAUGGUGCCCAGGGAAGGUCCAGGGACAGAAGCGGAAGACAACCUGUGGAAUCAGAGGGGAGGAAAGGAAGAAGAAGAAGAAGAGGCUCAACCAACCGAGACAUGGCCAAAGGAAUCAGCAGAGGACGAGACAGUUGCUGGAGCAGACCCUGAGACCGCUGGAGACCCCGUGUCCAAGGAACCCCCACAGGCAUUGCCAGGAAAAUCACCAGGAAAUAUCUCUUCUGUGAUGGGGACGACUGAAAGUGACUCCUGUGAAAGCGGAAGUGACUGGGAGCCGUAUGGGGUGCUGUCAGAAGAUACAGAGGACGAAGAAGAUGCAGUAAGUCACUUUGGGAACCUAAAAGAGCCAGGAAAGAGUAAAGAAGGCCAACCCGAAGAGUGGCCGAAUAAAGACUGUUCCCAAGGAAGUGACUACAGUGCCAUGCUGGCGCAACAAAAGACCUACAAGGGCAAGAGGAAGAACCAGUGCAAAGUGUGCGGGAAAAGUUUCACCCGGAAGGCGAGCCUGAAAGUUCACCAGCGCAUCCACACGGGUGAGAAGCCCUAUAAAUGCACCGUCUGCACCAAGGGCUUUUGCGACAAAACCAGCUUCCUUCGCCAUCAGAGAAUCCACACCGGGGAGAAACCUUACAAGUGUCCCGAAUGCGGGAAGAGUUUCAAUCGGACCACCAACCUGAUUACCCAUCAAAAAACCCAUGUGGAAAGCCGGGAGAAGACCUUCCACUGCUCCAGCUGCAGCAAAAGCUUCUACAACAAGUACAGCCUGAAGACCCACUGGCGAAGCCACACGGGGGAGAAACCCUACAAGUGCUCCAGCUGCAGCAAGAGCUUCUGCGACAAGUCCAACCUGGAGGCCCACUGGCGCGUGCACACCGGGGAGCGGCCGUUCGAGUGUUCGGAGUGUGGGAAGAGCUUCAGCGACCGCCGGACUCUUCUUCGCCACCAGAGAAUCCACACCGGGGAGAAACCCUACCGAUGCACCGAAUGCGGGAAGAGCUUCAACGACCUGGCCACGCUCCUCCGGCACCAGAAAAUCCACACGGGAGAGAAACCCUACCGGUGCACCGAGUGCGGGAAGAGUUUCAACCAGAGCUCGCACCUCAUCCGGCAUCAGAACACGCACGACGCCAAGCGCCAUAAAACCAUGGAAGCCAAGCGUGGCGCAAAGGCUUCCGUCGGGACCAAUAUCUUUUUGGAUAUUGGAAGCUUAGCCCAGGGAAGCUAUUAUCAGUACGCACACCCCGCCGAGCCGUUUCACUGGCCCCUUUCGACUUACUCGUCUCCCGCCGAGCCGGGAGAAGCAGGGAUGCCGAACCUGUGGACUAUUCAGGAGACUUCGGUGGGGGACCAAGCCAUCCUGGUUAUGAAAGAAUUCACAGAGGAGAGGACCUUAGCCCUGUGAUGGCUCUGAACGGAAGAGAAAAAUGAAACCUGUAUUCCCCCUCCUCCCAAGGGCAGGUUCAUUGAUCUGAAAUCACAAAGCAGGGAUUUUAUUUUUUUAUUUUUUUGAAAGAAACCAGGUUUUUUUUGAAGAGAUAUCAGUUCCUCAGGACAGCAUGAAAUCCCCUGGACUCCUUCGCUCGCUGUUUGGCUUGUGGCAAUGAUUGGAGAGAGAUUUCUACAAAGACUCGAUUUAGGGAGUAAGCUUGAGGAGGGGAGGAAAAUAUACCAAGAACUUGAGGUUUACAAAAUUCUGCUCCUCAGGUAGCAGGUUCAGCUUGCACGGUUUGGUCCCCGGGGCUCAGUCCACACGGAAGCAAAGAGAAUAAUUGAAUUGAAACCGUUGAAAGGAAAGACAGCCAAUGCCUUUGAAACAAGGGUGUUUUCCCUCCCCGUUUUUCCAACGGGAUCCUUUUUAGUUGAAUCAGGAGAGAACCGUUGGAUCUCUUCCGCUUGCUCCGACUCCCUCUUAACAAACCCAGGUUUGAGAGGGAUGUGGCACUAGGACUUUCUGAUAUUGGUAAAUAAAAGGACGGCCUCUUUUGUCAGCUGAAUAGAAACUGAAGUAUGCAAAAAGAUGGCAGGUGAGGUCCAGAGGAAAAAAAACAAAACAUGUGGACAUGAUGCGAGAUCGCUGUCCCGCAAAGACGUUUUUUUAAUUGCUCGGGUUUUCAAAGAAGGAGUUUUUCUAAAGAAGGGUUUGCCAGCCAUGUCGGCUUUUAAGAUGACUGGACUUCAAUUCCCAGAAUUCCCCAGCCACUCUGAAAGAAUUUCCCCAGGCAGCCCAGCAUUUCCCAGGAAAUCUGGAAGUCGAAUUCCAAGCAUCUUAAAGUUACCAAGUUUGAAAAAGCCUGAAAGGAAUGCUGCCAAAAUUACAAACCCAUCAUGGAUAAUAAGUGUGGAUGCAUGAAUAGCCAGGAGCGUCUUAGAUUUUCAGCAUGCUGGUUUUUUUUAAAAAAAAACAAAACAACAGACAGAUUGUCAAUACUAAUGCAGCACAGGAAUUAAGCAUGUUAGGGGCCAGUUUAUUUUAAUGGGAAUCAGUAUCCUUGACUAUAUGGCUGGAAAAAAUCGUAACAAUCAAACCGAUUUAAGAUUGCCACCUUGUGCAGGUUUAACGAAAGGCAGACCCUUGUAGGGAUCUGAGAAAAAGGUGGGAUAAUGCUGCAUUAUUUUUUUUACAGUCAGACAUGAAUCCUCUCGAAUGCUGGUAAGGAGAUUUCCAGUGAGAUCCAGGAACAAUUCUAGUGCAGGAAAACGUCUAAAAUGGAAACAGAAAUCUCCCUCUGUUUGCUUAUCUGAGGAAAAGCAUCACGGGGAAGGCUUGCUUUAUUUAUCUAUUGGUUUUUUUAAAAAAUCCCUCCCCUAUUCAUUUUUUUAUACCUAAAUACUCUUUCCUCCUCCUAUUUUCCCUACAGCAACAACAACAACAAUCGCUUUGGGUGGUGGGUUGGGUUGAAAGAGAGGGACUGGCCCACGGUCACACAGCUGGAUUUCAUGGCUAAGGUGGAACCACAACCCAAGCACUUCGAUUCCCUUGAAUUUGCAAGUUAAUUUCAGGUAAAAAAAAUUCUGGCCUAGAGCCAGUGGUAGGAUUCAGCCGGUUCGGGCAAACCGGUAGUUAAAUUGCUGACUGGCCCUGCCCUGCCCUGCCCUGCCCCUUCCAGGAGUCUCCAGACACCCCAUUUUGGCUCCCAAAUAAAUUCAGGGAGGCUUACUAGGCCCAAAAUGGGGUGCGGGGGGGCAGCACCCCCUCUCUGCACCCCAUUUUCGCUCACAGGGCGGUGCAGGAGGCCAAGUGCUGCCUGUCACACCCUCUGGCCACGCCUACCAGGGCCACACCCACCCACCCAGUCAUUAUGGCAGAGAACCAGUUGUUAAAUUAUUUCAAUCCCACCACUGCCUGGAGCCUUCGCCACUAGGGCAAACUGACUGUUGUUUUGUAUGUAGACAACAAGGUCACCAUCUUUGGAGUCCAAGACGGCAUUAGCAGGCCAUUUCAAACCAAUCGUGAAAAUACCCCUGUUUUGCAAGCUAGAUUUUGCCGGUCGGCGACUCAACAACUUGAAUGCAGUUGCUUUAAAGGGACUAAAUUGCCGAAUGAUCCCUGUCUCACGCAAUUGCCAAAUUUGACAAAUUUGGAUUGCUCAAAGCAGAAUGUCAGAAUCUCGUGGAAUCUGGUGUAGAGAUUUGAAGGCUGGACCAGUUUUGAACAUGAGGGACCCUUGAUGCUCUCUGAGCUUGGUUGUUUUCUUGCAGAUGUUUCAUUGCCCAGACUAGGUAACAUCAUUGCUGCUAGUCCUUUAAUCUUCUCCUUUAUAAAAUUUGAAUAAUUCAUAAAGUGGGGUGUUUUAAGUGUGGGUAGCCCCCCCCCAUUUGAAGGGCUCCCCUGUUGCAUGACUUGGGGCCCUGACUUUAAAAGCAAAGGGUAUUUGCAAAACAAUUCCAAUUAUACAGUUAGUUCUCAAGUUACAAUUGUAAUGGAGCUGGUCCAGUGGUGGGAUUCAAAUAAUUUAACAACCGGUUCUCUGCCCUAAUGAUUUCUCCCAACAACCAGUUCACCAAACUGCUCAGAAAGUUAACAACCGGUUCUCCCGAAGUGGUGCGAACUGGCUGAAUCCCACCACUGAGCUGGUCAUAGUGGUCGUAAAAUGGGUCAGUCACGCGACAAACACUGCUUUUUGCAGUGGUUUUGAAGUAAACACGGCGGUUAUAAAAAAAAUGCAGUGGUCGUUAAGCGGACCCAUUGUUUGCGAUGGUGCAAAAUGCAGUCACAGGACGCUUCAAAUGAGGUCAUGUUGCCAAGCGCCUGAAGCAGAGUUGUGUGAUUGUGUGUGGGGGGGGAUAAGUCUCCUUUUUCAGGCAGGUCAUAACUUCAUAGGGUUUCUAAAUCACUGGUCAUAAGACAAGGAUUACCUGCACCUACAUACACUAAAGGUAAAGGUAAAGGUUCCCCUCGCACAUACGUGCUAGUCGUUGCCGACUCUAGGGGGCGGUGCUCAUCUCCGUUUCAAAGCCGAAGAGCCAGCGCUGUCCAAAGACGUCUCGGUGGUCAUGUGGCCGGCAUGACUCAACGCCAAAGGCGCACGGAACGCUGUUACCUUCCCACCAAAGGUGGUCCCUAUUUUUUCUACUUGCAUUUUUUACGUGCUUUCGAGCUGCUAGGUUGGCAGAAGCUGGGACAAGUAACAGGAGCUCACCCCGUUACACGGCAGCACUAGGGAUUCGAACCGCUGAGCUGCCGACCUUUCGAUCGACAAGCUCAACGUCCUAGCCCCUGAGCCACCAUGUCCCUAGCUACAUACACUAAGACUGACUAUAAAGCAGAGUUUCUCAAUUGUGACAACUUGAAGAGGUGUGGACUUCAACUCCCAGAAUUCCCCAGCCAGCUGUGCUCUUCAACCUCUUCAAGUUGUCACAAUUGAGAAACACUGUUAUAAAGUAAGGCAUCAGGGGGCUCUGGUGGUUAUUUUUAACAACAGAAAAUACGAGUUUCAAAUUUUUAGGAGAUAUCACUUAGGGUUGUUUUUUUUACACAGACUGGGACCGUUGUUAUGAUUUGAGGCUGGCUUUUCUUCCCAAGCAUCAGCAAUUCUGAAAUGUUGCAAUACAGAAAGUCCUCGACUGAACAACAAUUCGUUUAGUGACCGUUCAAAAUUACAAGGGCACUGAAGAAAGUGGCUGAUGACCAUGCACACAACUGUUGAAGCAUCCCAGUGUGAUCAUGUGAUCAAAAUCCAGCCGCUUGGCAACUGAUUUCCCACCCAGAACUCUUGAUACGUUGCUGUGGCUGAUGGGUAUAACGGGGGCCUAAAAGAUUGUCCUAUUAAGCAUAUUAAGAAGAAUAAGUGGCGAGUGAGUGGUGCCGUGGCCUAGAGGUGGAGCUCUCGCCUCACAGUCUGGAGGCUGUGAGUUCGAUCCUAAGUAGAGGCAGAUAUUUCUCUGGGUACAAUGAGAAUAUAUCUGCCGAACAAAACUCCUCAUUGGUGACAGGAAGGGCAUCCGGCCAAUAAACACUCUGCGAGCUCCGUUCAGUUGCCUAGACUCCACCCCGCAAGGGAUUUUGGGGUGGUUAAAAGAAGAUGAUAGAAUAAGUGCAGGAUUGGGGUCUCAUAGGUCUCCUGAGCACUAAUAAGGGCCAUGCGAGGAUGUCACUCAAGAGAUUCAGUGGGAGUUAGCGUAAGCAUUUGAAUGUUGAGAGAUUUGAGGGGUUACGUCUAAUUCAAUUCAGGCUUCCUGUGAGGAGAGCCAGUCUGGUGAAGUGGUCAAAGGCAUCAGGCUAGAAACUAGCAGGCCGUCAGUUCCAGCUGGGUGGCCUCGAGCCGGUCCCUCUCUCUCAGCCCUAGAAAGGAAGCAAUGGCAAACCUCUUCUGAAAAUAUUGCUAAGAAAAAUGCAGGGAUUUGUCCUCAUUGUCCCUCUGGGACUCAAGAUUCAUUCCAAAGCACAAACGCACACACAAAAGCUGUAACUUCCGUUUAAAAUAUUUCGUAGCCGCAUUUCAUCAUUGGGGUGAAAAUGCACUGACAGGUUCAUUUUUUAUUUUUUUUUAAAUCACAUUUCUAAAACAAUUAGAAAUGGCUUGCGGCAAGCCCCUUCUUAUAAACGCUGACAUUUAUUAGUUAAUGAUGGAAAUGAGCUGCUGGGUCGGUAGAGUUUUGAGGCUUGAAGCUACUUGGAUGGUAACUUGUGAGAUUUUUCUGGGAACUGUAACAGAAUGGUACUGACCGGUGCAGGUUUUGGGAACUUGUGAUCAGACGAACGCUAAUAUUUUUUAUUUACCUGCAAAGGGACAGAGAGAAGGAUGGAUUGAGGUCAUUUACCAAAGGUACUUGAAAUCGAAAUCUAUAAACAAGAUUUUUUUUUUCAAAUGGUCAUCACACUCAUCCAUCCUCUUCUGAGUUUUAAACACUGACGUUUUACUGAGUUUCUGAUUCUAUUGUACGUUCUGUAUAUUUUUAAAUUUAGAUUGUGUUUGUUAUCCAUGCUUAGUUUAGGUUUUCGCUAUUUAAAAUUACAUUAGUCUCUCUUUUGUUUUUAUUUUAACCCCGAGGUCUUUCCGGCACAACAAACUUGUUAAGUUACACGGGAAAACCCAGCACUUUGAUUCCCUUGAAUUUGUGAGGUAAUUUCAGAUUUAGAAGAAAAUGGGACUUGCAAAUGGAAGACUCUUUGAAACAGUGACACGGCGUAACAUGUGAAUGCAAACAUGAUUGUUUCUGAGCAACAGUCUCUGCUCACCCAAACUUAAGAGAUCUCCCCCCCCACCUCUUAACUUGUUCCUGGAUCUUGCCCUUUUGUAGGAAUUGUGUCAAAUCUGUGCUUUUGGAAAGUAGCUGGUUCUUGUAGCUGAUUGACUUUCAUAUGCAUGGGCGGCUUUAAGAAGGAUUGUAUGGUUUAGUGUAAUUUACUAAAUUUAUACCUUUAGUGUAAUGGGAAGAUGCUUUGCAAAUAAAGAGUAAUGAAAUGGUCAUUGCUGUCCACGGUUUUAACAUUUAUAUGUUCUACUAGACAACUUGGCUCCCGGUGGGGCGGGGCGGAGGGGGGAGAUGUCAUUUCAGAGGUCUUUCCUUAUCUAAAUAGAGAAACAGAACAACCAAAGGCAGGAAAAACCAAUGGGAGUUACAUGUGGUAAUCUGGCUGAGGGCAUCAAAAAUCCUUCCUUUCUCUCCUUUCCUUCUCUCCCUCCUUUUUUCUCAUCUCCUUUUCCUUCCUCUUCUCUCCUCCCUCUUCUAUUCCUCUCACUUCUCUUCUCAUCUCUCUUCUUCCCUCCUCUCUUCCCAUCCCCUCUUCCUCCCUCCUCUUCUCACCUCAUCCCUCUCUCCCUCCUUCUGUACUUUUAUCCUCCCUCCCUCCUUCCUUCUCAUCUCUUCUUCUCUCAUCUCAUCUCCUCUCCUCUCCUCUCCCCUCCCUCCUUCUGUUCUUUUCUCCUCCUUCCCUCUUCUUUUCCUCCUUCUCAUCUCUUCCCUCAUCUCCUCCCCUCCUCCUUUUCUCCUCUCCUUUCAGUCACUCCCUUCCUUCCUCCUGAACAUCAGAUGCACCAGUGAUAGGAUGCACUAUCAAAAGUAGACAGUCUCUCUGGUUCAGCCUUCUGCAGCCAGUGACUGGAUGUAACAUGGCAGCAAGGACACAGAAGCAGGACCAUUCUGCACAAGUAAAUGAGAACCCAAACCUUCAGAAUAAUAAUAAUAAUGUUGUACCUUGAUGAAGGUAUCUUUUCUUUUAUGUACACUGAGAGCAUAUACACCAAGACAAAUUCUUUGUGUGUCCAAUCACACUUGGCCAAUAAAAAAUUCUAUUCUAUUCUAUUCACUGGGUGCUGCGCCUAAAAACCUAGGCAAGCACUUAAAAGCAGUUGGCGCUGACAAGAUCACCACUGGUCAGCUGCAGAAGGCCACCUUACUGGGAUCUGCUCGCAUAAUUCGCCAAUACAUCACGCAGUCCUAAACGCUUGGGAAGUGUUCGACUAGUGAUCUGUGAUAUGAAAUCCAGCAUAGUUAUCUCAUUUGCUUUGUAUACUGUCCUUUUGUGAUAAAUAAUAAUAAUAGCCUUUAUUGUCAUUGUACAUCAUGUAUACAACAAAAUUGGUUUUGCCUUCUUCCCUCUUCUCUCCUCUCUUCCCUUCUUCCUCCCUUCCCAUCUUUUUUCUCUUCUCCCUCCUUCCCUUUCAUCUCUUCUCCCUUCUCUUCUCCCUCCCUCCUUCUCAUCUUUUCUCUUUUCCCUCCCUUCUUCUUCCCUCCUCCCCUCCUUCUCUUCUCCUUCUCAU